AUGACCUCUUCCAAGCUCAUUACUGUCUUUGGAGCAACUGGCUCCCAAGGUGGGAGUGCCGUACAAUCACUCCUUCAGAACAAGUUCCAGUCCUUCAAGAUCCGUGGAAUCACUCGUAAUCCUGAGUCUGAAAAGGCAAAGGCUUUAGCCAGUCAGGGUGUUGAAGUCGUAAAGGCUGAUGGCCUUGUCAAGCAUGAGCUGGUCGAGGCGUUCAAGGGCAGUUGGGGCGUUUUCGUCAACACAAACUCGGAUGAUCCUUCUAUGAACCAGUCGGACGGGCCUACUGAGCUUGAUGUGGGCAGGCAUGUUGUAGAUGCUGCCGCUGAAGCUGGAGUGGCUCACUUCGUGUAUAGCGGCAUGGCCUCUGCUUCCAAGAUCACUGGAGGUGCUAUUCCCGCUCGUGCUUUCGAUACAAAGAGCGCCAUCGGUGAGUACGCCAAGGAUAAAGGCGUCUUUGAAACUGUCAAUAUCGUCAGUUCCGGUUGGUAUUUUGAAAAUCAUCUGGUAGAAGAACUCGCGCCUGCACUGGGCGGAUUCCCUUUCAGCCCUGAUGACGAAGGAUACUUGACCUUGCACAUUCCUCACUGGGGCGGUAGUGGCGAGAUCCCAUUCAUCGCCAUCGGAGACGAUUAUGGUGACCUCGUCCAUGGUAUCUUCCUUGAUCCCGCGAAGUACAACGGACGUCUAGUCCAAGGCAUUAGCGCUAGCGAGACUUCUCAGAAGCUUGUGUCUGAAUUUGAAAAAGUGACUGGGAAGAAAGCGCGUUUCGUGCCCAUCGAAGAUUGGAAGUCGAUGGAGACAUAUGGCGAUCCAGGCUUCGAGACGGUCAAGUACAUGUUUGGUUUUUGCCAGCAUUCUGGCGGCUUGUAUUACGGAGUUCCUAAUGAUCUGGCUCCUGCUGGUGAUCUCAAGGCGAGGGCGGCUGAGGCUAAAGGGGCUGGUGAUGGGAAGCUCAUGACCCUGGAGCGCUUCUGGCAGAAGUAUUUUACUUCCUGA